AAUGACUUUGAGUACUGUAGUGAUUUUUUCAAAUGCGGUGUAGCAAUACGGUUUCUGUGAAACUUGAGGUAGUGGUGGGUGGAAACAAUGCGAGCCUUCGCCGACUCAGAAAGUUACAAGACAAUGUGAGAUCGGGACACAAUAUAUAAAGUUUAAAUUUAUUGACCUUGUAAGAUAUACUAGUGGGGUAAAAUCAAAGGUGUUUUGGUGGAAAUCAGUUAGUUCUGCCGGUUAAAGAAAUCAACCACAUAAAAGUUUCGUAGAGGAUUUUUGCGCUUUGAAUAGCCAAGAAACAUUUUUAGAUUUCAGUGCUAAUCAAUGAUAUAUUUCAUUAUACAGACGUGGACUUCCACAAAACAGCUGCUGUAAAGUGUACAUAGUAGUGAGCUUUUAUUAAAAUUAGUUUUUAUUUUGAAGAAACUAGUCCAGAGUCGAUUUUUCUUUCGAUCUCAGUGUAGUUGUUUUAGAGAAAUACGGAUGAUGUAUUUUUUACUAAAAGUAAAAAGGAGGGUUUCAACAGUUCCAAUGUGAGUUUUGAAAUGACAAUGGCCCGGCUAUGGUAAACUCAAAACUGUUUAAACCCCGCGCGCUUUACUGACGCUUCAUAUUACAUGUAAAACACAGUUGAAUUCCGCUAUCUCGAAACCACAAGCUAAACGAACCGAGAAAAAGCUAACAAAGGAAAAGAUAACGGGAGUCCAAGAAACCCGAUAGUAAAUGAUUGGAACAAAACAUACUAACAUACCAUGAGUAAGCCAUCCCUGGCGAGAGGUACGCUACACUUCCGUUACACCAAGUGUGUUACGCUCAAUGCUGCAUGCCGCUGACAGUUACCAUCAUUGGCUCGAUCAUUUGACUAAGAGAGAAACUGGCACUAGUCUGUUGCUUAGUACAGUUUGACAAACAAUAUGGCGUCCGUUGUUGAUACAUAUCUUCCUGUGAAUCUGUGAGGUUUUUUGCUUUACCCGUGUAGAAAUUACAUAUCAGGGUGGAUCAUUGCAACCUUGUGUAAAGGAGAAGAAGAAACGGAGCAUUUGAGGCGUUAAUCUUCGUCAAAACCGUCGACAAUUUAGCGAGCUGAAAAUAUCAUGGACCACAAACGUUUGUUGAGUUGUUGUGUGGAGGUGUUGGAUUCUUUCAAUCCAAGAAUUCUUGGCGUUUUAGAACACCUAAAUACUUGUUUAGCAACUAAAUUGGAUCUUGCUGAAAGCGAUGAAUCGUUUAUAACAGAAGUUUUCUCGGGAUGUGUGCAGUAUACCAAUAUUCUGAAGGUUGUUGUCGAUGCAUAUUAUGCCGAAGUGGGCAAGACCUCCCUUCGUGUCGACAGAAAUGUUUAUACUGUAUUGGUGUAUUUAGCACUGUACAGACUUGAUGAACUUGGGAUUGCACAUUUCAGAAAAUUUGUUAUCCCAAAAUUGAAAAAGUUGAGACAGGUUCCUCAAAGCACAUAUCGCACACCAGUUGAAGAAGAUGUCAUUGCUAAGAUACGGGAAGAAAAUCGAAAAAGAGCUGAGGAGGAACUUAUUAGAUCUUCAGCAAGGCAACCAGCCUGUGCCAGCGCAGAGAAGUCAGACAAAGCCAAGAGAAGAAUGAGAAGAAUUAUUGACGAGGAAAAUUCCAAAUUACAGUUCAAUAAAGUUAGAGCUCAAGAAAUGCCUUCAACUACGAGUGGGAACAUUCCCAUCAAGUUGAAUGCGGCAACAAUCAUGAGGGAAGGAGUAUUAUUUCAGAAAAAAGAGGAAGAAGAACUGAAAAAACUGUCAGAAUAUGAGAAGGGAGGGCGAGAUGCAUCAGAAUUCUUAAAAUGGCAAGAAAGCGUCAGAAAGAAUGACUUGGAGGCUAAGCUGGCAGAAAUAGAGAGAAGAAGAUUGGAAGGAAAGUUGAGCUAUGAAGAGGCCAUACUUGCCAGACAAACGAUGAUCAAAGAAAACCAGCAACGGGUCAUGGAAAUGAAAGAAGAGACCAGGGACAUGAUGCAAAAGCAUUUUGAGAGGAAGACUCGAGAAGGAGAAGAAAUGAGAAAACUUGUUGAGCAAACUAUGAUGGAACAUGAAAACACGAAAGAGGCUCGAAAGAAACUUCAAGAAUACAAGCAAAAGCUGGUUCAAGAAGUCAGCAAGGAAAGUCAAGAACUCAUGCGUAAAGCCUUGGAAGAGGCUGAAGAGGAGAUGAGACAAAGAGUGGCGCUGAUUGCUAAGAUACGAGCCAUAGAAAGUGUGCCAGUCAUUCGCUUUAAGCACGUGGACAUCACGGAAACGUCAGGAGCUGGUCUUCUCAGUGAGAUGUCCAUAGCAGAGCUGCGAGAAAGGUUGGCCUUACUUAAAAUUGCCGAGAAAGAAGACGAGGAGGAAAAACGAGACACUAUACUUAAGUCCAAAGUGAAGAAAGAUCAGUUCCUGAUGGACACCUUAGAAACUAUCGCCAAACACCGAGCAGAGAAAGGAAAUGAGGCAGCCAUCCAACUUGAAGGAAAGAAGCGAGAAAAGAAACCUGAGAUUAAGGAUACAAAGUUACAAGAACUGCAAGAAAGGCUGGAAGCUAGGAAAGCGGGUAAGUGAAAUCCGAGAAGGCUUCUGUCAGUUUUCUCGCGUAGUACUUGAUUUAUAAAGCCAAAAAUGUAAGGCAUGCAUUAAGUAAAUGAUGGGGAAUGGUUGUGAAGUAAGAAAAAAAAAACGCGAAAGGUUUACUUUCUUCCGAGGAACUAACCAAUAGAAACGUUUCGGCUAUGUGACUCGUGCAAGGUGUAUUUCAACCUCGAGCCCAGGCUCUCUCGACAAGGGAGGCAAGGGAGAGAGAGCCUGGGAUUAAGAUUGGGUGUAUUUACGCAAAACAAAAGAUUGUACACUGCACGGUUGUAGACUUCCCAACAUAAAUCUUGCUUUGGUGUUUGCUGGGCUUCAUGACCAUUUCUCCCCCGUCCGAGUUCAUUGCAUCACAGUGACACUUAAUGCUUUGCAAUAAUCAUACAGUAUUUACAAUGGUAAUUGAACUGAGUGGAGUGCAAUUUGGUCUGAAAUCAUACGCGUGAUUUCAAAAUUGAACGAGCGCGCAGCGCGAGUUCGAUUUGAAAUCACAAGUAUGAUUUCAGACCAAAAUUGCACGACCCGAAGUUCAGUUGCCACUUUAUUAAUUCCAUUUUGAAAUCGCACAAUUUUAUCGCCUUAAAUGUUAGAUUCAGUAGCCGGCGUUAAAAUAGCGGAACCGGAAACGGCUUGACAUCUCAUUUAGUAUGC